AUGGGCAACGAUGAGUGGAAGUACACCGACUGUCUGCCGUUCUUCCGCAAGUUGGAGACGGACACCGACUUCUCCGACGACUUUCACGGCACCGAUGGCCCCAUAGUCUGCCACCGCUUCAAGCCGGACACCUGGCACCCGGCACAGCACGCUUUCUACGCAGCCUGCCGCGAGGCCGGGUUCCCCGACAGCCCCGACCACAACAACCCGGACUCCACUGGCGUCGGCCCCACGCCCUUCAACAACCCUGGCGGCGUGCGCAUGAGCACCGCCCUGGGUUACCUGGACCAGACUCGCCAUCGCUUGAACCUGACCAUUCGCGCCAACUGCCACGUUCAGAAGAUCCUGUUUCAGGGGAACCGAGCGGUGGGCGCGCGAGUGGAAAGCGGGGGCGAGACGUUCACCGUUGAGGGCGAGGAGAUCAUCCUGAGUUCCGGAGCCAUCGGCUCGCCCCACAUCCUGCUGCUUUCGGGUAUUGGCCCAGCGGCCCAGUUGCAGGAGUUUGGCAUCCCCGUAGUGGCUGAUUUGCCGGGUGUGGGCCAGAACAUGCGCGACCACCCGAACGUCUGGGUGACCUGGCGCACCAAGCCGGAGAUUCCGCUGGACGGACUGGCCCCCCGGAUGCAGGUGACGCUGCGCUAUACUGCCGAUGGAUCGCCCCUGCGCAACGAUAUGAAGAUGUCGAUGCAGUCCUUCGCCACCGAGCGUAUCAACAAGGGCGGCGAUCGCAUGGAGCCGGUGGGUAUCCGCAUCACCAGCGGCAUCCAGCUUGCGGCGGGAGCCGGUGAACUGCGUCUGCAAUCGGCUGACCCGGCGGAGCAGCCUUUCCUCGACUACCGCUACUUGGAGGACCCCUUCGACCUGGAGCGGCUGCGGGACACGGUGCGCCUCUGCGUCAGGCUGGGCGAGAGUGAUGCCUUCAACGACAUCAUCCAGGAGCGUAUCGAGCCCACCGACGCCGAGUUGGCCACCGACGAGGCCCUGGACGAGUACCUGUUCCGCGAGGUAACCACCUCGCAACACAUAUCCUGCACCGCCAAGAUGGGACCCUCCGAUGACCCCAUGGCCGUGGUAAGCCAGUACGGCAUGGUGCACGGUCUGGAGGGCCUGCGCGUGGCCGACGCCUCCAUAAUGCCCGACUGCAUCCGCGCCAACACCAACGUAACCACGAUGAUGAUCGGAGAGCGGAUCGCCGAGUUCAUCAAGGCCGGGAUGUAG